UAAGCCGGAAAGUAUCGCCCCUGAUUAGCCUGUGCGGACUGCACUGGAUAAUCUGGGAAGACACUUUACGCACAUGCAUUUAGCCCCCUUUUCACAAAGCACGGUCCAACUAUAUAGUGAACGGGCCUCACAUAGUGGUCAGCAGGUAUUUUAAAACUUGGUCUAAACAUCGUUGUCAGAGACUGUUUUGUUUUCCCUCUGAAAACAUAUACGAACAUUUCUUUGCAACCAUGAGGCUGUGGUCCACAUGUUUGAUAUUUGUGUGCGUGGUCGCUUAUGUUGUUGCUUUUCCCAGAAAGGCAAACGUUGACAAAAGGUGGCAUUUCCUUGUACCUGUUUUGCAAGGAACGGAUGCGGAAAUGGAAACACGUGAGGACUUUGAACCUGUUCCGGACAUUGGAAGGAAACCGGACAGUGGACGGCAUCCGGGAAGUGGAAGGCAACCGGGCAGUGGAAACGAAUCGGGCAGUGGAAACGAACCGGUCAGUGAAAACGAACCGGGCAGUGCAAACGAACCUGGAAGUGGAAACGAACCUGGAAGUGGAAACGAACCGGGCACGGAAACGCUAGAACUUGCUUGCGAACAGUGUUCAAGAGAGAUAAAAGACACGAAGCGAAGUUAUGCACAGCGCAGAGGAUCAUCUGGAACAUUUUCGUGGUAUGGUAAAUGACUAUCGGGUAUUGGAGUUUAUGAAGGCUCUACAAUGGACAUUUAUAUAAUUGACGUGGCGGAUGCUAUUUGGUAGUUUAAACUAUGAUUCUUUAUCUGGACAAACGUUGUUAAAACAGUUUCGAUAUAUAUAUGUUACAUAUAGUAAUAUCUUUUUAUGUUCCCCCACCACUAUAGUGGGGACAUAUUGUUUAUGCCCUGUCUGUUGGUUUGUGUGUUUGUGUGUUUGUUUGCGUCAAACUUUAACAUUUGCCAUAACUGUUGCUAUAUUGAAGAUAGUAACUUGAUAUUUGGCAUGCAUGUGUAUCUCAUGGAGCUACACAUUUUGAGUGGUGAAAGAUCAAGGUCGUUCUUCAAGCUCAAUGAUAUAUGCCUAAAUGACUAAAGAAAUGGAUGGUUACAAAACCGGAGUUGGAUAAGUUUCAACUUUUCAUGACUUGUUUAACCGUGCAUGGCAUAAAACUUGCUUACAACUUCAUUCAUGCUCUUGUCCAUUUAAAAGCACAGGCAAGCAGGUCGUUGUUUAUGGAAGGACUAGUCAAUGAUGAUAGGUUAUCCGCAAAAGCAAUGGCCCCAUCCUAUAAACCGUCUAGCGACGCGUAACAAAGCUAUAGCAAAUGCUAGAUCUGUUUUAAAGAAUGCUUUUCAAAUGGAUAUAUAAUUGCAUUGGUUAAACAAUCGAUUUUAUUUUUUUUAAGUAUUAAGAUUAAUAUUUUUACUGAGUUUCAGUUUCUUAUCCUGAAAAUAUAAAUCUUGUGACCACUGGGGUAUUAACCACAUGUAAUUGUUUCCCCAGUGGCAUUAUUUGAAAAAAAGUUGGUAUUUAACCACAAAAACAACACGACAACACUAAACACUGGACCGUUUGGAUUAAGAAAAGGCUUUUUUAAAAUUUUCACCAUAUUCGUAGUCAUACUAAAUAUGCACAUAAAAACUUACAAACCCUU